CUGAUAUGAAUUGUCAAAAAGUCAAAUAUAUCUUGCGAGGUCUCUCCGAAAAAGAACAUUUGGAAACAUUAGAUUUUAGUCACUGUAAAAUUGGCGACGAUGGUGCAGCUUCAAUCGCAAAAUUCAUUACAAGAAGUGACAAUCUCAGAAAUUUGAAGAUAGCUGAUAACAUAUUUGGUCCAUUUGGUGCUGAAAGUAUAGCCCAUGCACUCAAUAAUUCUGGUUGCGGAAUUCGAAGCUUAGAUCUAAGCUUAAACACUAAUUUAGGAUCUGAAGGGAUAGCACAUAUCGCUGUGUCGAUAGCGAGAGGAUGCAGUCUAACGGAAUUGAAUAUAUCUGGUUGUGGCAUCAAGCCUGGGCCUUUAAAGAAGGCACCAAUUGGAGUUUGGUCUGCAACAAGUGCAGAAAAUCCACCAACAUGCGGAGACUUACUGGCCCGAGCAAUAGGUUUGGUAAAAACGCCUUUAAGGUCUUUGGAUAUUAGCGUGAACAAUAUUGGGACGCCGAGUGAUAACACUCUCUCGAACGCUAUUUGUCUAAGUUAUAUUACGGACGUUAAUUUAAAAAGAUCGGGUAUGGUACCUCUAUCAAUGGCUAUAGCUGAAUCAGCAGCAGCAGCUCAGAGACUACGAAAAGAGGCCGAAAAGGGUAUAAAAUUCAGAAGAAGUGCUGGCAGGGUCUUACAAGCUCGGAGAGUUGCAAAAGGAAUGAAUAUUGAUGCGGAUCCCAUUUUGCUAGCUCAACAAUUAUCAGCUCGACCUUCUAUAGUAUCAGUAGCUUCAGAAGAAGGAGUUUACAAUAUUCAAACACAGCCCUUGCCUACAGACUUUGGCUUUGUUCCUGCGUUCAAGAGUCCGUUGCCAUCUUCUCGUGCUUCGUCCAUAACAGGGCCACCAACAUCACGACGUUCAAGUCAUCAUAUUAUUUUAGAACCAGUGAAGGAAGUGCGACGUACUGCUUUAAUUCGACGUGGGUCUGAUGGAUCUUUAUUACAGCCACGUAGUAACGAGGAUAACGAAAGACAUAUCAAGAUUUUUGUGUCUUAAAACUGUAUAGAAGUCUACCGAGUCAAUUUUCAUUACAGGAAAUUAUCACCCGGUAUGACAUGUAACGGAAUCUAUAAAUUGGCUAUAUACCCUAGAUUAUUAUGUUUCCUGUAUUCCUAUUUUACUUCAAAUUUGAAAACAAUUAUAGAUUGGUUAAAAUGAU